AUGUGGACUUAUACCUGUACAGACACUGUGCAGUUCCAAAACACGCAUUGUUUUAGCUUGGUUGCAGACUUCAACAAUGGACACAAAGAUCAGCCAUGCAGCAGUCCGGAUCCCAGUGGUUUGGAAGGAGAUGAAGCGCAGAGCUUAGUAUUUGAGUCAAAUCGUCAUGAAGAACAAGACAACAAGAGCAGUACUGCUUCUGAUACAGUCCAAAGAACAACCUUUGCAUCAUCGAUGACCUCUUCAUCCUCUGCAGCUUUUACAUCAUCGGUAGCCUUUUUAUCGUCACCAGCUUUUUCAUCGUCAAUAAGCUUUCCGUCGUCAACAACUUUUUCAUCAACAACCUUUUCAUCAUCACCAGCUGUUUCAUCAUCAUCAGCAGCAUUGCUGACCUUUCAGCCGCCCAUGACAAUCAUCACCAGCAUUACUCAUAGCGGUUUCAACCAUGGCUCCUUCAGCACAUUGACCGAAAGUAAUAGUCAAACCGACAACACGGUUAGCCAGCCCACAAUACAAACAUCGACUUCAUCACCAGACAAGAAUAGCAUUAAGCCGUCAAAAUCUCAACCAGAGGAGUUCGCAGACAUUGGUAGUGGCCAUAUUGGUACAACCGUGGAAAGCAAAGGUGCAAGUAGGAUCAACCCCGAUAGCAUAACAUCGACCAGUCGCAGUCUCGAGGCAAGCGACCAGUCAACAACUCCCUCUAAGAGUUUCACGGCCACUGCCUCUACUUCCCAGGUCACACAAGAAUCAGGGGUUCGGGAUAGCCUUUCAAGGAUUAGCGAAACAAAACAAACAACAACACCACACUUCAAUGCGUCCCAAAUUACGACGCCAACAACCCUAUACGCUGACUCUAUACCGAUAACAUUAUUGCACAUAAAAAGCUUAUCAUAUCCAGAUGCGACACAAUUCCGACAAUUGGUUGGGUCUCAAUCAAGUCAAAAACGUCAUGAUAAGACAAUCAGCGGUGCUUGGCAAUCAACAACAUUUCCUAGCAUGGAGAAACCCAAUAGUGCAGGCCAAUCACCAGUUUCAGACACGAAAACGAGGCCCCCAGCCGUCACACUGCCCAAAGAGCCUAAUAUGAGCGAUAGGUCAAUCCGCUCUUUAGUUGUCACAACAGAAGCUUCUCACAGUCUUGAUUUUCUCGAGGACGUCGCCAGCCUAGCUCUGGCACAAAAGGCGACAGUCAGCCAACUUACAGGCUCGGUGAAUGGAACAAGGAUAAUCACUGCAUUACAGUCGUACAAAGAAGCCAUCAAUCUGUCCACAACGACUUCUUUUCCUACGGAUGCCAGGACUUUGGCCGCGAUAGCCAUCCCUACUUCCGUCACAGACCUACAUUCUUCGCCAUCGACAAGUCAUAACCCAACAGAAACGGUCAGUUCGGUGAUAGGCGGAGCACAAAUACCGCCUCUUUUUCACCCUGUUUCAUUGGGAGACUAUUUCCUAGCUGCAUACGUGCCUGUAAUGAUCACGUUGCCCUUGGCAGCUUUGGCACAAAUAUUGAGCAUGGAGGUCAAAGCACUUGCCCCCUUCCACGCACUCAGUAGACCGAUGGGGGCGGCAGCUACAGACUCCCUGUGCCUCCCCACAGGUGGCUUUCCGGGGAUCUAUAAAAGCAUUUGCCUUUGCUUCCGGCGUCAAGGUCGACAGCCCUUAUUAUUUCUGGUCGAUCUGCUUGUCUGGACCACGGCCAUCAUUGCCUCGCUCUCUAGCGAGGCCUUCGGCAUCAAGCUCCAUGGCAAAUGCAAACACGACGAUUUCAGAGGAUGCUACAUGGGAAUUGCAGUAUACGGCACUCAAAGCCGCAUCAUUCAGAGUCUACUGGGCUUCGCCUUAUGUCUUAUUCUGCUUAUUAUGUAUCGGCUCCGAAACUGGCAAACCGGCAUUGAUGUGCCCCAUGGUCGAAGUGUCGCAGCCAUAUCUAUGCUCGUUACUGAACCAUGCACACGCAGAGUCUUGCAGCACCUCAGGCCCGAUUCCCACACCGGGAGACUCAGUAACAAGGACAUGGCACGCCAGCUUGAAGGGUACAUCUUUAAAUUAGCACCCAUCUCAUCACACCUGACUGGUUACAAGCAGCUUGUUUCCUCAAGGCCCGCACAAGCAUUACGCGAACCCAAACCACAAAAGACACCAACCACACGCCGCUCCAGAAUCACGGAAUUCGUUGACCACCUUCCACAAGGCUUUCUCCUUCAAUUCCUCGUCAUCCUCGGUACACUCAGCUUUAUAAUUCUGAUAAUAUGCUAUGAAACAAUUACGGGAGCCGAUUCUCCGUUUGAGCACUUCAUGAACUCUCAGGGCUUCGGUGUGAAGCUCCUUUCUGCAGGACUGGGUGUAGUGAUAUCUCUCUUUUGGGAUGAUUAUUUCGCGCGUGAGUUGUCUCUGACAUUUCUAACCCAGCAGUUGAACCCAAGCUAA